CAGAAGUCGCCAUUUUACUUCAUUUUAAGUAAAUGUAUUAGAAAUCAGUGAGUUGUACAUUGAAGUGCUGAGAGCUCCAGCACUUAAUGGAAUGCGUCUUUUGGCCUGGAUUUGUUCUCUCGACGAGGAAAUGAGAAAGAGCGAGGAAAAAGACUGAGGGGCUGUGUUACGUUGUAAGCUCUACAUUGUGCUUGGAUUAGAAGCUGCAAUGGACGCCGGCUCUGGGCUGUUUGCUGGUUCUCGUAAUGGAGAUGAUAUUGUGUUGAUGCGCGGCGAAGGCGAAGCUGGGGCUAAACCUAUGAAUCAUUUAAGCGGCCAAGUCUGCCAAAUUUGUGGGGAUGAUGUUGGGCUAACUGCUGAUGGGGAUCUGUUUUUAGCAUGCACCGAGUGUGCCUUCCCUGUGUGCAGGCCUUGCUAUGAUUAUGAGAGGAAGGAUGGAAAAAAAUCUUGUCCUCAGUGCAAAACGAGAUAUAAGAGACAUCCAGGAUGCCCCUGGGUGGAAGGUGAUGAAGAAGAAGAGGGUUCUGGGGACUUGGGGAAUGAGUAUCAUUACUUGCCACCAGGUGGCAGAAAUGAAAAACAAAAGAUUGCAGAGGCAAUGCUGCAUUGGCAAAUGAGUUAUGGUCGAGGGGAGGAUGUUGGUGCCCCAACAUCUACAAGGCAGGAGACUUCUCAAAAUCAUAUGGCUUUUCUCGCCAACGGUCAAGUGGUGUCUGGAGAAUAUCCAGCAUUAUCCCCCGACCAUCAUGCUGCUGGUGCACCCCCUUCCAGUGGUGGUGGCAGCAAGCGGGUUCAUCCACUUCCCUAUGCUGACCCUAACCAACCUGUUCAAGUUAGGAUUGUGGAUCAUUCCAGAGACUUUAGCGCCUAUGGGUUUGGAAAUGUUGCCUGGAAGGAGAGAGUAGACAGCUGGAAGACAAAACAAGAAAAAAAUCUGUUGCAAAUGACAAAUGGUGGAAUUGGAGACUAUGUUUCUGAAGGGAAAGGAGGAGACAUUGAUGGUGGUGAUGGUGAAACUGGAGAGGAUCUAAUAGAUGAUCAAGCUCGCCAACCUCUUUCAAGAAAGGUUUCCAUUCCUUCUUCCAAGAUUAAUCCAUAUAGGAUGGUGAUUGUACUUCGGCUUCUUGUCUUGUGUGUUUUCUUCCGAUAUCGCAUCACACAUCCUGUCACCAAUGCCUAUGCACUUUGGUUCAUUUCUGUCAUAUGUGAGAUUUGGUUUGCCAUAUCCUGGAUCCUGGAUCAAUUUCCCAAAUGGCUACCUAUCAACCGAGAAACUUAUCUUGACAGGCUUGCUUUGAGGUAUGAUCGAGAAGGUGAACCAUCUCAGUUGGCUGCAAUUGAUAUAUUUGUCAGUACAGUUGACCCUUUAAAGGAACCUCCACUCGUCACAGCCAACACUGUACUGUCAAUUCUCGCUGUGGAUUAUCCUGUUGAUAAGGUUUCUUGCUAUGUCUCGGAUGACGGAGCAUCUAUGUUGACUUUUGAAGCUCUUUCUGAAACCUCUGAAUUUGCAAGGAAAUGGGUGCCUUUCUGCAAAAAGUUCAUCAUUGAACCUAGGGCUCCAGAAUGGUACUUUUCACAAAAAAUGGACUAUUUGAAGGACAAAGUGCAGCCUUCCUUUGUAAAAGAGAGGAGAGCAAUGAAGAGAGAGUAUGAAGAAUUCAAGGUUCGAAUCAAUGGGUUAGUUGCCAAAGCACAGAAGGUUCCUGAAGAGGGGUGGGUUAUGCAAGAUGGUACUCCUUGGCCUGGCAACAAUACGAGGGACCAUCCUGGGAUGAUCCAGGUGUUUUUGGGACACAGUGGAGGGCUUGAUACUGAGGGCAAUGAACUGCCACGGCUAGUGUAUGUGUCUCGUGAAAAGAGGCCUGGAUUCCAACAUCACAAGAAAGCCGGUGCUAUGAAUUCAUUGGUUCGAGUUUCAGCUGUACUCACUAAUGGGUCUUACAUGUUGAAUCUGGAUUGUGAUCACUACAUAAAUAAUAGCAAAGCUUUGCGUGAGGCCAUGUGCUUUAUGAUGGAUCCUAAUCUUGGGAAAUCAGUUUGUUAUGUUCAGUUUCCCCAAAGAUUUGAUGGUAUUGAUCGGAAUGAUCGGUAUGCCAAUCACAACACAGUGUUUUUUGAUAUCAAUUUGAAAGGUUUGGAUGGGAUUCAGGGACCAGUAUAUGUGGGUACAGGAUGUGUUUUCAAUAGAACAGCACUAUAUGGCUAUGAACCACCUCUCAAGCAGAAAUCAAAGGCAUCAACAUGUCUUUCAGCAUGCUGUGGUGGAGCUAGGAAGAACAAGAAAGGGAAUAAAAAGCACGCAGAGAACAAAAAAGCAUCAAAGCAAACUGACUCCACUGUUCCAAUAUUCAAUCUCGAAGAUAUAGAAGAGGGUGUUGAAGGUGCUGGAUUCGAUGAUGAGAAAUCACUUCUUAUGUCUCAGAAGAGCUUAGAGAAAAGGUUUGGUCAAUCAGCAGUAUUUGUUGCAUCUACCUUGAUGGAACAUGGCGGUGUUCCACAGUCUGCAACUCCUGCUGAUUUAUUGAAAGAAGCUAUUCAUGUUAUCAGCUGUGGUUAUGAAGACAAAACGGAAUGGGGAAGUGAGAUUGGGUGGAUUUAUGGUUCAGUCACAGAAGAUAUUUUGACUGGUUUCAAAAUGCACGCACGAGGCUGGAGAUCUAUUUACUGCAUGCCUCCACGUCCUGCAUUCAAAGGCUCAGCUCCCAUAAAUCUUUCUGAUCGUUUGAAUCAAGUGCUUAGAUGGGCAUUGGGUUCUGUUGAAAUUCUUCUCAGCCGUCAUUGCCCAAUUUGGUAUGGCUACAGUGGAAGGCUGAAAUGGUUGGAGAGGCUUGCAUAUAUCAACACAACAAUUUAUCCCGUGACAUCUAUUCCAUUGCUUGUAUAUUGCACACUUCCAGCUGUUUGUCUUCUUACUGGAAAGUUCAUCAUCCCAGAGAUCAGUACGUUUGCAAGUAUCUUUUUCAUUUCACUCUUUCUAUCUAUUUUUGCAACUGGUAUUUUGGAAAUGCGAUGGAGUGGAGUUGGUAUAGAUGAAUGGUGGAGGAAUGAACAAUUCUGGGUGAUUGGAGGUGUGUCAUCUCAUUUAUUUGCAGUUGUCCAAGGGUUGCUGAAGGUCCUCGCUGGUAUUGACACAAACUUCACUGUCACAUCAAAGGCUUCAGAUGAAGAUGGUGAUUUCACAGAGCUGUAUAUGUUCAAGUGGACUACCCUUUUGAUACCUCCUACGACUUUGCUUGUUAUAAACCUUGUAGGAGUAGUUGCAGGUGUCUCAUAUGCUAUCAAUAGUGGGUAUGCAUCAUGGGGCCCACUGUUUGGAAAGCUCUUUUUUGCUUUUUGGGUGAUUGUCCACCUUUAUCCUUUCCUCAAAGGUCUGAUGGGAAGGCAGAACCGGACACCCACAAUCGUUGUUGUAUGGUCCAUUCUUCUUGCAUCUAUCUUCUCAUUGCUAUGGGUGCGGAUAGAUCCCUUCACUACCAGAGUGACAGGACCAAAUCCAGACAAAUGUGGCAUUAAUUGCUAAGUAUUCUUACUAUCUAUAUUAUUCUUGCACUGAGAAUUAUUGAUCCGGGCAUUUUUCCUCAUUCAACAUUCUAAAUGAUUUACUGGGAGAUCCAUUUGGACAUCUUUUGACAAUAAAUAGUAAAGAGUGAUGGGACAUUGGCGUGAUUUUGAAGAGUUCGACUGCCUUGACAUUGUUGUUUUUGGCAUUGGCAGUUAAUGCCCAGUUGUUAUUAGAUGCAGUUAUAUCAUCUGUCAAGAACAAUGCUCCUAUCAACCUAUCAUAGUGGUGAGAUGCCUUGUAAGUAUUGUUCCAUUGCUAUAUAUAGCUUAUUUAUCAGGACAAAGCCGGUGCUCUCAAGAACAAUGCUCCAAGGAUUAAGUUAUUUAAAUGAUGUUUCUACUGGGGUGAUGAUCGAAGUUUCUAUUGUUCUUAGUGAUUAAAAUCCUCUAUGUCAGGGUGUUUUGUCACCAAGCAUUGUUUGUCGCAGUUGUUGGGGCUGUUGAACUGUGGACAUGAAAGCUAAGAAUUUGUGCCCGACUAAAAGUCUGUCAGCUGUUUGUUUAUUGUUGGCUCUAGAUGAUUGAUCUGUCUUUGACAAUUGUCGGAUGUCGAGAUGGAUAUAUGUAUGCACUAUGCAGUAUACUCUUUAGGGUAGUGCCUGGCUUAGCCUGAACCAUUUAAAAUUUCUGGAAGAUUCUUUGUAAUAAUAAUCCUCUUCUAUUA